UUUGUGCAUCUCUGUGCCUCUACCCAAAAGAAAAUCAGUCAACACCAUGGAUGAAAAGAAUCAAACAGUUCUUACUGAAUUCAUAAUUUUGGGAUUCUCUAAUCUAAAUGGAUUGCAGUUUUUGCUAUUCAUAACCUUCUUUCUAACUUAUAUCUGUACUCUGGGAGGAAAUAUAUUCAUUAUCUUGGUGACGAUAGUUGAUACACAUCUACAUACACCCAUGUAUUAUUUUUUAGGAAAUUUGGCCUUCCUUGAUAUUGGAUAUACUACCACAAAUGUUCCCCAGAUGAUGGUGCAUCUUUUAUCUGAGAAGAAAAGCAUUUCCUAUGAGGGAUGCAUAACUCAACUUUUUGCAUUCAUUUUUUUCGUAGGAUCAGAAUGUCUCCUUUUGGCGGCUAUGGCAUAUGAUCGCUACAUUGCAAUCUGUAAACCGUUAAGGUAUUCAGUUAUUAUGAACAAGGUCCUAUGUAACCAAUUAGCAACCUCAUGCUGGAUAGGUGGUUUCCUUAAUUCAGUGGUGCACACAGUUCUGACAUUUCGUUUGCCAUUUUGUGGUAACAAUCAGAUUAAUUAUUUCUUUUGUGACAUACCUCCUUUACUGAUUUUGUCUUGUGGAGACACUCUAGUCAAUGAAGUAGCAUUGCUCUCUAUUGGAGUUUUCAUUGGUUGGACUCCUUUCCUGUGUAUUAUCUCUUCCUACCUUUACAUAAUAUCCACCAUUUUAAGGAUUCAUUCCAAAGAGGGUAGACACAAAGCCUUUUCUACAUGUGCUUCCCACCUCAUUAUUGUCCUCCUUUAUUACGGCAGUGCAAUUUUCACAUACGUAAGACCAAUCUCAACUUACUCACUAGAGAAAGACAGGCUAAUCUCAGUCUUGUAUAGUGUCAUUACUCCCAUGCUUAACCCUCUUAUUUAUACAUUGAGGAAUAAAGACAUUAAAGAAGCUGUGAAAGCUUUGAGAAGAAAAUGGAAGCCAUAA